AUGUACUGCGUCAAUCCUCUCAUGGAGGAGGACGAGUUGGACGUCAUGGUGUUUCGUGCUGCCAGUGCGCUGGCGUCCGGGCAGGCUCUGACGGGUCUGAGCAAUUGCUGUGACCAGUCAGUAGAGCCGGAACAAGCGACGAAAAGCUCGGUGAGAAGCAAGACGCUGAGGAAUGGCCAAGAUGAAAGGGACUGCGAUGGCCGAAUGACUGAAUGGCAAAGGCAAGAAGACCCUGAGUUGGAGUGUGACGAGCACAAAUUACCCUGUGCUGUGCUGUGCCGUGCCGUGCUCUGCAGCCCCGCAUUGUCGCGGUACUUCCGACUUAAAUAG